AUGUCAAAAACAAAUCGACGAGCUGAAAGUUCAAAAGGGUCCUCAUUUCAGUAUGACAGUGACGAUGGACUACGAGCGGAAAUCGAGCGUAUAACCGCUCCCCCAUGCGGUCCAGGCAGGAAACGAACGUCGGCCAGUGAUUCGGAUGCUCCCGAGAAAUGGAAAUCGAAUAACGCCACUUAUUGUGUAGCUUGUAAAGAAGGAGGUGAACUUCUUUGUUGUGAUAUGUGUCCCGCAUCUUUUCACUUGAGUUGUCACGAGCCACCCCUUUCACAAGAGGAUUUACCGUCAGGCAAAUGGAUGUGUAACCGAUGCACAAGAACACCAGCAAAUCAACGAUGCGAAAAGAAAAAAGCUGGCGAGUAUGCGGAAAACGAGCGGAAUAAAACGGCCAUAAAGCGACUUUUCAAGGAAUACGAACAAAAAGCGGAGAUUGGAGAUCCGACAACCGGUUAUCUCGAUCCACUCAGCUUACUAGCAAAAACCGCGCUAGCUGUAAAUCCCGAAGCUUACGAGUUACCCGAUGAGCUUAGCGGCUCUAGAGUACCUCUUCCCUAUGAUGAGCUCCGAAAAUCACGAAAUCCCGUCAAAAAUGGGAUUUGUGCAUAUUGUCAGAGAUUUGGUCGAGAGUCAAUCCCAUUGCUCUCGUGCGAUUUUUGCCCUCUCGUUUGGCACCUCGAUUGUUUGACACCCCCGUUGGCUGCUCCACCAAAAGACAAAUGGAUGUGCCCGGAUCAUGUCGAACACUUAGUGGAUCGCUGCUUAUUGGACUCUGUUUCAUUGACGAGACGAAUGGAACUCUGGAAUCAAUACGCUCAACAGCCCGUCGAUCCAGCUAUCGUCGAACGAUCCUUUUCCGCAACAAUUCGCGAAAAAGACCGCUCACAACCGGCACCCCCGCCAACAAAGAAGAAACGAAAAGAAAGAAAUUCGACACUCCGAGACCUCUGCUUGGUUGCCAACUCGAUUUCUAGAUUCGAAAAAAGUUAUGCUUUACAUUGUCCACAAGGACCGAGUACCUCGAAUAGAUCGCUCAACAACAGAAAUUUUGUCAAUCAAAAAUUUGAACCAAUGGAAGUUGAAUCAAAUGAAAUCAGGGAUUUAAUUGUUUCUUCGCUCGUUGCCACAAUUUUUAACACUCAUGAAGUGAAGAGAAAUAAUCCACUUGCAAAUGAGGCUCAGCAACCGCUUGAACCCAAAUUAAUCAGCUCAAAUGAAUGUCUUGGAUUGAUCGAUAUGUGCAUGGCGAGAUUCGCAUGCUCAUCAGAUCCGCGAGAUCGUGUGAUAUUUCAACUAGCCUCCGAAAGAUUGAAGCAAAUCAAUCGAGAUGUUGCCGUGGUCGGACGACGAGCUGCUCAGCCGUUAAAGCCGGUCACUCUCGAACAACAACUCACCGAGUAUAAUCAUCAUCGAGAGAGUCGAAAAGUAGAUUCCGAAAAAACGGCGCGCCGCGAUCGAGAAAGUGCAACAGAAGGAGGCCCCGGAAGGAUCUCCUGGUGGGAGAAGGCGUGGCCAAAAGAAAACCCCUCUAACACAAAUUCCCAACACAAUUCUCUCAAACGGGAAACAAAAAGUGAACGGCGAGGAGCACCCAGUGGUCGUCGAGGCACGCGUGGGAGAGGUCGUGGACGUCCACCCAAUACCAAUGGAACCACUCGAGAAACGGCUUCGACUAGAGAACUCGAUUCCAAACGGCACGGCGAGAAAAAUGAAAGAAUCGAUGAAGAGGCAAACACCGAUGCAAAUCGAUCCGAAUCAAGACGAUCGAAUUCAGGUGGCACCGAUGAGCCUGUUACUACAAGCAAUCGCCGUGGCGGGGGAUGCAAACGGGAUCGUGGGCGCGGUGGGAUGACAGGCAAAAGGGGAAGAGGUGGAACGCGUGGAGGGCACACACCAACCCCGACAGCCCCUCCUCCACAAGCACGCCUCCAAUCACCCCCACCAAAAACUCUUUCACGGAGAGGUCGUCGUCCUCGACAUGCAACAGCCUUUUCCAAUGCCUCAGUCAAUUUCUCUAGUUCAUCCAUCCCAAAGCGAUCGCUAAAAGUCCCCAAUUUUACAUUAACGCUCUACACUUUAAAUCAAAUACGGAAAUCUUUGGAAGAAAAAGAAUUGGCGCAGUUUCAAGAACUUGAUCAGAGCAAUCGAGCCUUGCUACCGGAGCGGCGAUUCUCUGAGGCUGAGUUGGCUCGACUCGUUCGCAAUCAACUCAUCGCACAAAUGAGAAUCGCACAAAUCACCGAACCAUCGACACUCGCAAAUGCCUUCUUGCUUCAUCAUCUCUCUGUUGCCGGUCGACUACCAUCGACGGUUUUGGCUCAACCAUCUCCGUCAGUCAAGCCUCCAAGCCUACCAUUCAAUAUCAGAACUGGGAUCACUGAAAAGUUGCCACAAAACACUUGGUUCCCGGGUGCCGCCUCGAUUAUUCAUGAUCAUAAUUAUGUAUUAAUUUCGAUAAAUGCAGUACCAUAUAAUGGCAAUGGGAAACAACAAAGCGGCACACAUUCUCAGCCACCACCUCUUCAAGAUGAGCACCUGCAACCGAAGUCUUCACAUGAAAAAGCCGAGCCAGCUCUCAAUGAGAUUUUGGAUAGUGUUGUCGAGGAAGUGGUUCGUCAGGCACGAGAGCAUCAACGGCAUCAACGGGCUGUAUUAAUGGACAAUGUUGUGGAUGAAGUGAUCAGAAAAGGGUUGACCGAGAGAGAAAUUGAGAAGCUGGAAGCGUCAGAUGACCCGAAUACAAGUCAAGAGAAGCGAGCUGUAUUAAUGGACAAUGUUGUGGAUGAAGUGAUCAGAAAAGGGUUGGCCGAGAGAGAAAUUGAGAAGCUGGAAGCGUCAGGUGAUCCGAAUACGCGUCGAGAGAAACGAGCUGAAAGACGACGAAGAGCCAGGAAAAGGAAAAGAGUACAAUUUGAAAGGAUGCAAACAGAAAAAGUGAAAACGCCAGUUUCUCGAACGGAGCUUCGUCGAAGGAUUGUUUAUGCACAAGGCGAGCCGAGCGGUAUCGGGCGAUGGCUUUCUUGUCCAUACGAUUCAAGGCAUUUUGAUGAAAGUCUUCCUUUGUUGGCUGAGCUUCACUCGGAUUUCGGUUCCACAAAACCACUGGCAAUUCAACGAGAGCUGACAACGUUGGGAACAGACGGGAGUUGUCAUGUGCAGCUAGAUGAAAUGGUCGAUGAUUUCUGUUAUGGAAUUGCGCAAAGACAUGCUGAUAUCGUUUUUGAUAUGGUCAAGUAUCGAUUUGAGUUACGGGUGGCGGCUGGGGAGCGAGUUUUCGUGAAUGGCGUUUGUUAUGGAGGUGCUGAGGUCGAGGCUUCACAAUGUAUUUGUGCGCUUGAAGAGAAACGAGAGAUAAAGCCAGAGAGCCGUCGAGUUUGGCUGAACAACGGUGACUGUAUCCGACUUGGCUGUGCGCUGCUUAUCUUCCGUUCUCGUUACACUUCU